AUGUCCUUCCGCGCCCCCUUUGCGCUUCCCCGUCGGAUCUUGAGCAGUGCUACAACCUCGGCACUCCGGCCCGCAACAGGCGGUUAUGUGGCGUGUUAUAGCAACCAACGUCGCGGCCUCGCGACAGCAGUGCCACCGGUGACGCAAGAUGCAACGGGAUCUAAGGGACCGACAGCGAUGGUCUUUUUGAACAUGGGUGGUCCGUCGACAACGAACGAGGUGGAAGAUUUUCUGAGCAGACUAUUUACUGAUGGCGAUUUGAUCCCUCUCGGUCGGUUCCAGAAUUACCUCGGACCCUUGAUUGCGAAGCGCCGGACCCCAAAGAUCCAAAAGCAAUAUGCCGACAUUGGAGGUGGCUCGCCCAUCCGCAAGUGGUCUGAGUACCAAUGUGCCGAGAUGUGCAAGGUACUUGAUCAAAUAUCCCCUGAAACCGCGCCGCACAAGCCCUACGUCGCAUUCCGCUACGCUGCCCCCUUGACCGAGUCAAUGUAUCAGCAGCUGUUGGAUGAUGGAUUCGGCAACGGCAAGGGAGGGCGUGCUGUUGCUUUCACGCAAUACCCGCAGUACUCGUGCUCCACAACAGGAAGCUCGCUCAAUGAGCUGUGGAAAUGGCGGACCCGCAUGGAAGGAAAGGAUGCUGACCUAGCUGGGGCUAUUCAAUGGAGUGUCAUCGACCGGUGGCCAUCCCACCCUGGCUUGGUUGAGGCCUUUGCGCAAAACAUCGAGGCCCAAUUGAAGACAUAUCCGGAGGAGAAGAGGGAUAAAGUGGUUUUGCUCUUUUCUGCGCACAGCUUGCCCAUGAGCGUGGUCAACCGCGGUAAGUUUAAGAAUACCUUGGGUUCAUUUACGAGCCAGAUUAUCCUAAUGCUUGUCUCCUUUGCAGGUGACCCCUAUCCCUCCGAGGUCGCCGCGACCGUUUAUGCCGUCAUGCAGCGACUGAAGUUCAGCAACCCGUAUCGUCUAUGCUGGCAAUCCCAGGUCGGCCCCUCUGCCUGGCUCGGGGCCCAGACGAGUGAUACCGUCAUGCAAUACGUCAAGCGCGGCCACACUGACCUGGUCCUUGUGCCUAUCGCUUUCACUAGCGACCACAUCGAAACUCUCUAUGAGUUGGAUCUCGAGGUCAUGGAAGAGGCCAACAGCCCCGGUGUCAAGCGAGCUGAGAGCUUGAACGGCAACCCGACCUUCAUCAAGGCUCUCGCUGAUGUUGCUCAUCAGCAUCUGAAGAAGGGAGAGCCCUGCUCUGCUCAGAUGACACUGCGCUGCCAAGGCUGUAAGAGUGACCGCUGUCUAGAGCAGAAGAAGUUCUUUGCCGGUAAACAGCAUGGGGCUCUUGUGAUGUAG